CCUCCAUAUUCGAACCAUCACUUUUCACCCCUGUAUGUCUAGCCUAUAUAUAUAAUCUGAGAUAACGCACUCCCCUUAUUCCCUCUAUGUAUUUGAAGAGAAACAGAGGGAAAGUGUUUUAAUACCAGAAAUAUGCAAGCGAGUCCAGCAGUAUCUCAGUCUCCUAGUUUCACUCGUACUAAUAAUCUCGCAGAAAUUGCUGCUAGAGUUGUCGAAGAAUUUACAGCUGAAAAUGAAACAGACUCCGAAUUUUCCUUCAAGUAUGAGAACCAUGAAAAUCAAGUAAACAAAUAUGAUGAUGACGAUUCUGAUUUUGCUUUUGUGACGGCAGGAUCUGAUCAAUUUUCACCUAUUUCUGCUGAUGAAAUCUUCUACAACGGUCAGAUCCGUCCAAUUUUCAACAGAGAUCUAUUGUUAAAUGACACCGGUUGUAAUUCGGAGAAAGUUUCUACUCCGCGGAAAUCAAAUCGAGUUUCGUUAAGGAAGCUUUUUAUCGAAGAUCGUGAAAUUGCGUCGUCGUCUUCCUCGUCGGAAGUCGACGACCUAGAAGGAAUUACUUCAGGAACAUACUGUGUGUGGAGGCCGAAAUCGGCGGAAGAGUCUCCAUCUGAAUUGUGUAAGAAGAGCAACUCCACUGGCUCCUCCACUAAGCGGUGGAGGUUACGUGACUUCAUUCACCGGAGUAACAGCGAGGGUAAGGAAACUUUCGUGUUUUUGACGAAUCAGUUCAAAAAGAGAGAAGACAAAACAGAGAGUACGAGGAUUGACUCUGCUAAGAUUACCGGAAAAGUUUCCGCCGUUGAAGACUUUCCGGCAUUGCGUUGCUCGGAAAACGGAAAAGAUAAACGGAAGUCAUACUUGCCGUACAGGCAAGAUUUGGUAAGUUUUUUGGGUAAUGUGAAUGCGUCAAAUCGGAAUUUACAGCAUUUCUGAGGCUAAUUACUGUGGACGGAAUCUCCAUUAAAGAUGAUAAACAGUUAAGAUUUAGUAGUAAACCAGUGAUUAAGCAUGUGUAAAUAUCUGUAUAAAGCUCGUCCUCUUUUUAAAUCUCUGUAUACAUUAUGAAUAAUGGAAUUAUAAUAAUAAUAUUAUCCUCCAAUAA